UUCACCGUCGCUAAGUUACUGCGGAGGCUGGAGAACCUGCGAUAAAUAACAAGACGGGCGCCAGGAAGGCCCGCAGCGGGUCAGGCAGGACAGGGCAGCAUCGAUGGAGAGAGGAAGGAAGUACUUACCUGCGAAACAAAGCUUAAGUGUGCCAUCUAGUGUUGGGAAAUGAAACACUCUUCAGAGAAAUUAAACUUCCUUCAGAAAGGAAACCCCAGGAUAGGAACAAGCAAUUGUGAAUGAGUCUUCAAUUUGACAGAAAGCAAAAACAAGCUUAAUGAGCCGUGAUGGACUUCAGAGGCAAGAAAUAUGAGCGAGGGAGCAACUGGUCCGACCCUGAGGUGGUGGAAUUGCUACAGCUUUGGGCCGAUGAGUCAGUGCAAAUGGAGUUGGAGAGUUGCUUGAGAAACCAACACGUUUUUAACAGGAUCGCUGAAGUCUUAAGAGAAAAGGGGAUCCACAGAACAGGAGACCAAUGCAGGGAGAAGGUUAAAAAGAUGAAACUUGAAUACAGAAGGAUUAAGGACAAUAACAAGAUCUGUAGGGGAGGAAGGACAUGGAAAUUUUUCGAGGUGAUGGACAGAGUCUUGUCUAACAGACCAAAUAUUUGUUACAGUACUGUGGGCAACACAGUGAUAACACAGCAGAUAUUACCAGGUGUACUAGGGGCAGGAGAUGGCUACCAUCCUCAUCAUCACCACCACCACCAUCUCACUGCUCAUGGGAUUUCUCAUUCACACCAUCCUCAGGAACUAAUGGAUAUUAAGUGCGAGGAGGUGGACUCAGAUGGACGCAGUGCGACUCCUGAGCCACCGCCUUCUCUCGUUCUUCACCCAGGCGGUGGGGAAGAUCAUGGAGUGGACGGCAGCCUCUUGGAAAGGGGACACCACAACACUUCACCCGUCAUCGGAGUGGACAUUCCUGCAGAGAAUACCAUCUCACCAUCAGGAUACAAUGAGCCAAGUAUAGGGACCUCCUCAGGGAUGCGCGGCUCAGGCCCUGCUUUUUCAUCCCUCCACAGACUUCGUCGGAAAAGAAAGCCCCCUCGUGUGAAAGACCCCCUGGACGACAUCCUUCUCAAGUUUCUGACUGCUCAACGAGUGGUGGAGGAACGGUUCUUACAAAUGGAGGAGCGGAGAAUGCAACGAGACAUGGAACUGGAAGAUCGGCGAAUGCAAUUGGAGCAGCGCCGAAUGGAACUGGAGAGGGAGCACGAGUACAGAAUGUUCACCAUAUUCGCCCAGAUGGUGAACGCUCUCAGGCACGGUGGUUCCACACAGAGCAUGGGUUUGGACCUCAGCCAAGCUUUCACUCCGUCUUCAGGUCAAGCUCCUGAGAUGGGUCAUGUCCCGUCAUCAUCCUCGACCACUGCCUCUAAAGAGAAUAGCAGUAGAGUCAUGCAACAGCAGAGUAAAUCCUUACCGAACGGGCUGCGAGAUGUUGUGUUUGAUGCGGAACCUAAUUCAACAUUCCAAAAUUUCAAUUCCAGUAUUUACUUAUCAAAGCGAGGAAAUGAAAUUAAUAAUUUCUGUGGCGGACUGCAAGAAGGUUUUGUGGCCUACCAUGCAGAUAAGCAUGAUGAAGACACAAACCCGAAUGGCAUUGUUAAUCUGGGAACGAGUGAGAAUAAACUGUGCUUUGACCUGCUUUGCAAGAGGCUGACACAGAAAGACAUGUGUUACAUAGAUCCUCAACUUCUACAGUAUUCAGACUGGAAGGGCCACCAGUUUCUCAGAGAAGAAGUUGGCAGAUUUUUAACGUACCACUGCAAGGCACCAGCACCUCUCAAACCUGAAAAUAUAGUAGUCGUUAAUGGCUGUGGAUCUCUCUAUGCCUCGCUGGCUACUGUGGUCUGUGAUCCUAAAGAUAGAAUCAUACUGCCCACUCCAUUCUAUGGGGUUAUCACAGGAGAUAUAUUUCUCUACAGCUCAAUCAAGCCUCUACAUUUGCAUUUGGACAGCAAAGUGACUGACGAUCAGACACGUCCAUUUCAGUUAACUGUAGAAAAGCUUGAAAAAGCCAUGCAGAUUGCACAACGCCAGGGCUUGUCGAUCAAGGCCAUGAUUUUGAUGAAUCCUCACAAUCCCUUGGGCGAUAGUUAUUCGGGAGCAGAAAUGACAGAGUUUCUUGAAUUUGCUAAAAGGUACAAAUUGCAUGUAAUAGUGGAUGAAGUGUACAUGCUCUCAGUGUUUGGUGAUGCCUGUUCUUUCCAAAGUGUCCUCAGCUUGCAGAGGCUACCUGAUCCUCAGAGAACUCAUGUGAUGUGGGGAAUUAGCAAGGAUCUGGCAGCCAGUGGACUUCGAGUAAGUACACUGUACACAGCGAACAUGGACAUCAUCAGUGCCUUGGGCCAGCUGUCCUAUUUUCAUGCUCUUCCAGGACCCACACAACAUGCAGUAGCACAGUUAUUGAAAGACCGAGAUUGGAUCAACCAGGUGUUUUUACCAACGAAUCGUGCCAGGCUAAAAACAGCUCACAAGUACAUAGCAGACGAGCUAACAGCGAUGGGCAUUCCUUUCCUGAACCGGUCUGCAGGCCUUUUUAUCUGGGCUGAUUUUAGAAAGUAUUUAAAGAGCCCGACAUUUGAAGAAGAAAUAAAACUAUGGAGGCAGCUUCUCGAAAACAAGGUUCUCAUCAGCAAUGGGAAGGAGUUUUUCUGCUGUGAGCCAGGAUGGUUCCGUAUCGUGUUUUCUGACAAAACCUACAGAAUACAGUUAGGAAUGCAGAGGCUCAAGAAGGUCCUAGAAGCGCAAGAGACCGAAGCUCCACCUAUUGCUAAGGAGCCCCCCUGUCCGCCCAAUGCAGAGAGUAAAGCUGAAAGUGCUGAAGAUCUCCUCGAUGUCGCUGGGCAGCCUGAACCCCCCAACCCUGCCCUCGAUGGUCUCAUUGGACUUCUGAGGCAGCAGAUGCGGACAUCCGACUGGCUGCAGAGAAACACGGCGGAGCAGUUUGCUCAGGAGAAUCCAGAGGUGUAUGAAGUCUUCUGUAAACUCGCAGAAAAGACAGAGUGAAACCAAUGAAGCCAAUCUGAAUAUUAAGAAAAUGAAGUUAUGAAAAAUAUUGUAUCUACAAAAAUUAAUCAGGCGAGUCUGGAUGUCAUAAUAGCCGUCGACACUGCUCUUUCAUCUCUGGGACAAGGGUUUGUUUGCAGCCCAGUUAUUACAGUACAGUUUAUAUUUAUAGAACAUCUUUCAUGUGGGGAGGAUGUCCCAAAGUACAUUCACAGUGCAGAAUGGGCACCCAAGCUGGUGGUGGGAGCUGAGUGGGGGUGGGAUGGGAUGAAUGCCUAUCAUUUGUUAGCUGUAAAAGAUUCUUUUUAUGAAAUUAGUUGGGACAUUCUAAACCCACGCCUUUGGAGAUCAGGUGACAGCACAAAACUGCCAAUAAUCUGGUACUAAAUGGCAAGUUUGGACAAUAGGAGCUACUACAAUGGCUUGUGAGAAGCAGAGAAUAUACACUGAUAUCUCUUCUACAGUUAGGGCUGAGACAAAGUAGAAUAAGAUCCUGUACAAGUUUUCACCAAGUCAGAGAAUGGUGCCUACUUAUUGGCGAGCAGAAGAGUCUUUGAAGCAAUGUGUAAGGACCUGAAAAUAUUGAUAUUGAUUAUUGAUGUUCCCAAGUUAAUUUCCAGCACAUUAAAUGUUCUGUUGAUUGUU